AUGGCAAGUGAAUUGGUCAGGAAUUGGAAAACAAAGGAACUUCUAGCAUUUUUGCAAGAGCAAAAGGACUUGCAACUUGAUUUUGAAGAUUUAAGGCUUAUUUAUGAGGCAAAACUUACAGGGCAUACCUUUCUUCUUUUGACAAAAGAUGAACUUAAAGAUUGCAAUUUGAAGAUGGGACCAGCUUUAGCAAUCUUAAACUUAAUUAAGAACAUUAAGGAGAAUAACUUUACAAUUUCUGACAUGCCAAGUGACAUUCCUUCAUUUGAAAAUAUCAAGAUGUGGAAACAUCCCCAGGCUAAGUAUUUUGAGAUUUAUCCCUAUGAGAUCUGGUCAUUAAGCCAUUUUGUUAACUGGGCAAUUGACAGUGGUUUUACAGAUAAAGAUAAAUCUCAUCAAACAUUUUAUAAGGCUUUACAAACAAUAAAUAUUGAUCAACUAGCUUCUUUGGAACUUCACAACUUUACACAAAAGCUUUUAAAUAAUAAAAGAAAGAAG